GAAUUCCGUCGUCAGUACGUUGUAAACCCAGUGAAGGUAAAGAUGAGUUUUCAGCGUGGUCCCGUCGCCGUUCAGGGUUCUGCUUCGGUCCUGCCUUUGCUGUGAGUGAGAGUGUGCCCCAAAAGUUUACCCCAACAACAAAGUUUUCAUCAGCGGCAGCGGCAAAGUUUCCCUCUUCGAGAAGUGAAAAACUUUUGACUUUGGGUGGCAAAACUGCACACAACCGAAAAGUUUUCAAAAACUCACCCAAACUUUUGGCCAGGUUCCGCGAGGGAAAAGUUUCGACAAAUAUAGCACUACCGGUUUCCGAGUGAACUAGGGGGAAAAGUUUGGUGCAGCAGUGAGUGUAAGCAAAAAAAAGACAAUUAUUUUUGGCUGCCCGCCAUCGACAGGCGGCAUUGAAGUCUGAAGACGUGGUGCUAAUCUUGCGAGGAGUUGUUGUGGGCCAACAACAAUUACGCGCGGGAACGGAAAGUUUUACAAGUCAACUGCAACGGGCUGCAUUCCACCCCCCAUUGGGCGAAAAAGUUUCGAUUGAAGGACGAUCUGCUAAAGGAAAAUUUACGACAUGUAAAACAGUGCUCUGAAUGUUUUGCAGUGCGUUCGCUGUAAAUUGUUACCCAAAAUUGAAAUGAGCAAUGAAUUAGACUAGAACAAGUUGUGCAAGAAGAGUUAUCCUGGCGAAGUUCGAACAACGAAAAGAAUAAGGAAGUGUCUGGCUUUGUGGUAUCAUUUGUUGAAAAAUAGUUGAGUUUGGUGUAAAAACCACGAGAUUGGGAUAGUGGCAAUAGAAGUGGAUGAUAAAGUGAAGAUAGGGUGGAUACGUGAUAGUUUGAAUUUAAGAUCUUACCGGUUCAACGAUAAGUGUUAGUGUUAGAAAAAAUCACAAGGAAAUCCACAAUACUACAAGUGCAAUAUUUAUACGAUUUCUACCGUACAUCACCAAUUAACCGUAAGAGUGUUACGUUAGUGUGUAUUCCUAAGUGUUACUCAACGUUCCAUACCAAAUAAGUCAAAAUGAUCGAUAACAGUUACUCGUACGUUACGCGGGACAACCUGCGCUACACGGAUCUCAACGACGGACGCUCAUACGCUCAGAUGAGUACUCUGUCAUCGCCGCCCUCGAUGGGUAACCGUUUGGGGGAAUACGACACAACGGCUUCGCAUUUGACCAAUCAUCGACCGUACGAGCCAGCUCCACAGACGGCAUUCGAACGAUACGACAACAGUUAUCCUCCGCAACGUAGCAAUCUCUAUUCCUCCUAUGGCUAUUCUCAAUCCAUCUUAGAUGAAGAACAAAAAUAUAUUUCUGCAGAACCUCCAGCUCCCCCAGAAAUCCAAUCAAGUCAACACCAUCUUGGUUUGCCCACCGGUCCGACAGACAGACUUCAUCCCAUGAUGAAAGUUGAGAUGGAUGAAAGUGCCGGACCGAUCUAUCCCAGACCUAUGUAUCACUACGAUCCCACGUGUGGAACAAUGCCUCCAGGAUUCUCAGCCAUCAACUUAAGUGUCAAAGAAGCGAGUCCUCCUAUCCCCUACAAAACUAGUGGUACGCCUUCCCCUAAUCCUAUCAGCCGAAAGGCUGACGAUCCUCGAACAAAUAAGAUCUCCUCAACCAGUCCCGAACCCGGGGCGAGUCCCCAGCAACGUAGCAGUCCUCAAGCCAGCCUAGAUCUGAGUUCCAAUAAUAGCGGUGGAACGAGUCCACACUUUGCCAGAAACUCCGCCACUGGACCGUCGAACGCCAGCAACCCCGUCACAAACUCAUCCACGACGAACAACAAUAACCCGAAUACUACCAACAACAACAACCCAGUGUAUACGAACGAAGUUCCAGAAUCGCGCAGCAACUCGGACGUCAACCAGACCGAAUACAGCAGCGGCAACAGUGAGCGACCGCUCGGAAUCGGUUUCGCACGACCGCAGCCUCCUUCGGCAUCGUACAGCCGCGAAUCCACCCCGGACAGUGGUGGAUCGUAUUAUGCGGACACGUAUCGCGAUACCAGCGGUGAGUGCAACGUGCCACCGUCUUCCUCCGCGUCGGCAGUGGCGGCAGCGGAUCGCAGCCAGAGCUUUUUCUCGAGCGAGAAUCUUUCUCCGUACUCGGCCGGGUACAGCCCGCACGCCAGCUACGGGAUGGUGGUUCAGCCAGAUUACAGCAAUGGCUACCCGGGAUAUGCUCCAAACGCAUACCAAUACAGCGGUCCGUAUGCGAGUUCGCUCGGGUCCGGCGUUUAUCCACCGUCGGUUGCUUCAGGAUACCCACCGAGCUCGGGUUCCAGCUUCGUGACGCCACCGGCACUAGGGCAGCACAUUUCGCCGCACGACAAUCUGCUCAAAGCUGGCCUAACCGGAUACCAACGGCUGGAUCGGCCCCAAUUUCCAUCGCAAUCACAAGAACUGAAAUGUCCAACGCCGGGAUGUGACGGCUCUGGGCACGCGACCGGCAACUACAGCUCACACCGAAGCCUCUCCGGAUGUCCCCGAGCGUCGAAACCCAAAAGCAAACCACGCGACGGCCAGGAAUCGGAACCGCUAAGCAGAUGCCCCAUUCCGGGUUGCGAUGGAUCCGGCCACUCCACGGGCAAGUUCCUGUCACACCGAAGUGCGUCCGGCUGCCCGAUAGCGUUGCGCAACAAGAUGCAUAUCCUGGAGAGUGGCGGCACCAUCGAGCAAGCGAAAGCAGCGAUGGCCCAAGCCGCAGCCGGUAAGUUCGAACCGUUCCAGUGUCAGACACCGGGUUGCGACGGAAACGGCCACAUCGAUGGUACAUUCAGUACCCAUCGUACGACGGCCAGUUGCCCGACAGCCCAAGCUACCGCCGGCCAGCAGGCAAACAAGAAGCCACGCUACAGCGAUGAGGUCCUCAUGAACUCGACCUCGGCGGCAGCGAAAUCUUUCAACGACCUGGCAACGAAUUAUAACCCGACAAAGAAUGGCCUGCUUGGCACUAGCGGAGGAUCGGCCAUCGUAACGGGACCGUCCCUCGGGGGUGUCCUCGGAAGCGUCUCUUCGGAUGACCAUCACUCGAAGAACAGUCACCCCUCGGAUUCGGGUCCGGUACCUGGUUCCGGCGGGAUCGGUUCAAUUCCGGGAUCAGUUAGCGGAAACCCGGCACAGUCUCAGCCGCAAUCCAACGCCGGACCCGGUGGUACUGAAGACAUUCUCACCUUAGACGAGGAAAUUAGUGAGCUCAAGCGGGAAAAUGCCCGCGUUGAGCUGCAGAUGCUGCGAUUGAAGUCGAACAUCAACGCGAUGGAAUCGCAGCUGAACAACAACGAGCCGAAGCUCCUUGAGAUCGGAACUCGGGGGAUCACAUGAAAUUUCCUGACCUGUUAGAGCUUUUUAGUUUCCGCAUGAAUGGGAUUGUGAAUGUGUGGGAUUCGACGCGUGAAUGGGAAGUGAAUGACACUAUUUGCACUGUAUACUAAAUGACAGCCGAAAACCGACAUCGAUUGAAGGGUAUAGUGAUGGGAAGCGAGAACAUUCGAUUGAAGUUCGGUGGAUGAAGUUAUAACGAUUACAUCUUAAACCAUUAGAGAUCACACAGAAACAAUGAAAAGAAGUGAACCUAGUUGAAAUGUGCUAUACGAACUCAUUUUAAUUAUAAAUAUUUGAAAAUGAAACAGGAAGAUAGAGAAGCAGUAACCCAUUACCGGACACUAUUAAAAUGCUACUAUUUUAAGUACGUCGUAAAUUGGAAAAUAAAAUCGUCAAAGUCAGCUAACUGUAAGGAUUAUUGUGAAGAAAGCUAGUUUCC